GGUGAAGAAGGGGCCGGCCUUUGAGCGACAGCGACGCAAGAUGGCAGCCACCACGGGCUCGGGAGUAAAAGUCCCUCGAAAUUUCCGACUGUUGGAAGAACUCGAAGAAGGCCAGAAAGGAGUAGGAGAUGGCACAGUUAGCUGGGGUCUAGAAGAUGACGAAGACAUGACACUUACAAGAUGGACAGGGAUGAUAAUUGGGCCUCCAAGAACAAUUUAUGAAAACCGAAUAUACAGCCUUAAAAUAGAAUGUGGACCUAAAUACCCAGAAGCAGCCCCCUUUGUAAGAUUUGUAACAAAAAUUAAUAUGAAUGGAGUUAAUAGUUCUAAUGGAGUGGUGGACCCAAGAGCCAUAUCAGUGCUAGCAAAAUGGCAGAAUUCGUAUAGCAUCAAAGUUGUCCUGCAAGAGCUUCGGCGCCUAAUGAUGUCUAAAGAAAAUAUGAAACUCCCUCAGCCGCCUGAAGGACAGUGUUACAGCAAUUAAUCAAAAAGAAAAACCACAGGCCCUCCCCUGCCCCCAUUCGAUUUAAGCAGUCUUCAUUUUCCACAGUAGUAAAUUUUCUAGAUUCGUCUUGUAGACCUCAAAGUACUGGAAAGAAAGCUCCCAUUCAAAGGCAGUUUAUCUUAAGAUACUGUAAAUGAUACUAAUUUUUUGUCCAUUUGAAAUAUAUAAGUUGUGCUAUAACAAAUCAUCCUGUCAAGUGUAACCACUGUCCACAUAGUUGAACUUCCGGGAUCAAGAAAGUGAUAUUUAAAUUGAUUCCCAUCCUAACCGGUGGGGCACGUCUAACUCAACUGUGAAAAGACACAUCACACAGCCACCUUGCUGCUGAUUCCACGGCCUGGGGUCUCUGCCUCCCCCCCCACUCCCUGCAACAGCCCUCCAGCUAGGCGUGGCUUAUUAGAGUAGGCGUGAAGGUUUCAGGUCACAGCCUGGGGGACACUGCUGGCGUGUGGGCUGCUCUGUCCGCAUCCCUGGUCUCUCUCUAAGUCUUAAGUGACGCCCCUCUUCCAAGCCAUCAAUCCUCCUCCCCCCCCCCCGCACCCUCCACUGCUGCCCUUGGCCGAGGCAUAGAUUGUAACCCCUCUGCUCCCCUCUGAAAUUGGCCUUUGGUGAGGAAUUCAGGGCUUUCCCCGUAUCUUCUCCCCCCACCUUAAUCGAGGGGUGCUGCUUUUUCCUUCCUCCUCCUCAAGUCCCUUUCUGCACCACCACCACCCGACACUUGCCAUGAUGCUUCCUUGCUUUGGCCAGAAGCCAUCAGGUAAGGUUGGAAAGAGUCUCUGACCUCCCCUCAUUUAGUCUUGGAACCACAAUUUACUCUCCACCAGCCUGGGAAACAAAUACUGGGUUCUCAGCCUUGCCACCCUCUGCUGUCAUCAUCAGCUGAUGCGUUUCUUUAGCUCAGGUUUCGAUAAGGUGAAAAGAACAGUCACCAGGGUUACUCAGGCCUGCCAGCUCGCGGCCUCCUUGGUGGUUAAACUUGGAGGAAGGCCACUUGGAAGCACACACGACCCCUCUGAAUGAAUUGUCCUUUUCCUGUAGAGGCUUUGGCUUUCUAACAUGGAAGAAGCUUUACACAGGGCUCUCACUGGGCCGUCCUUUGAGUCCACUCGGGUCUGGUUCGGAAGCUGACGACUGGAGCGAAAAGAGCCUUGAAUCCGGUGCAUACUUUGGUUUUGGUGCUGCUGCUUCUCCCGGCCCUCAGCAGGGAUCACGAAAGACCUCGGUGUGCACGGCAGAUCCCCGAAAUUCCUGGCGAAUCGCUGCGUUUUUCCACUCUUCUGUUCAGGACCACUAAAUGCUGAGAUGUGGAUGCCUACCGAAAUAAAAUCAAUUCAUUGUGCUCCAAGGGUUUUUUUUUUUUUUUAGUGUCUGUGUAAAACUACCUUUUGAAGCAGCAACUAUCAAGUCUGAAAAGCAAUUGAUGUUUCCAUUAAUCUUUUUCUGGAGGAAACCUUAGUUCUAAGGGUUUAACAUCCUGUAAGUAAAGUUUAACAUAACAGUAUUCCAUAAGCAGUCUUUUUAUUGUCAGACCAUUGCCUGAUUUUAAUAUAAUAAAAAGAAGUG